CUUCUACUGUAUCCUUGCUCCUCUCUAUUCCGGAUGAACCUACCAACAUUAUACAACACACACGGAGAAGUGAGAACCGAAUAGAACUAUAGAAGAGAAGAAAUAAGAAGCUGCUGCUUUUGUUGUAUAAUCUUUUGCAUAGGUGGUUCUUCGUUGAUUGAUCGAGGAACCCACGGGCUCUUUUAUUUGCUGAAAUGGCGUCUGAUAUCAGUGAGAAGCUAUUGGAAAAUGAGGGAAACUUAGUAGAGGAAGUGAAGAUAGGGGAGAAGAUAUGGUGUGAGAUGAAGAAAAUGUCGGUUGUGGCUCUUCCUGCAAUAUUUAAUAGAUUCACAACAUUUGGGAUUAGUGUCAUCAGCAUGGCAUUCAUUGGCCACAUUGACCCUAUAGAUCUUGCUGCAUAUGCUUUAGUACAAACCGUGCUGUUAAGGUUUUGCAAUGGAGCACUGUUGGGCAUGGCGAGUGGAUUGGAAACUCUAUUGGGGCAAGCUUUUGGUGCAAAACAGUAUAACAUGAUGGGAAUAUAUCUUCAGAGAGCAUGGAUUGUCAUGAGUGCAACCACGACUUCACUGUUACCUCUAUAUUUCUUUACUACUACAAUAUUUAAAGCACUAGGCCAGGAAGAAGAAAUUGCACGGGUGACAGGAAUCAUUUCUAAAUGGCUGAUACCGGUGGCAUAUGCCUUCAUUCCCUCGUAUACCUGCCAAAUGUUCCUGCAAGCACAGAGCAAGAACGUUAUUAUUGCGUAUUUGGCAGCAGCUACACUCGCAAUUCAUAUAUUCAUGUCCUGGCUCUUGACGGUGAAGUUGGAGUUUGGACUUGCGGGUGCCAUGAUUUCUACUAUAUUGGCGUUCUGGAUUCCUAAUUGCGGUCAGCUUUUAUUUGUUAUGUGCGGAGGAUGCAAAGAAACAUGGACGGGGUUUUCGUUCUUGGCCUUCAAGGAUCUCGUGCCAGUAAUCAAGCUUUCCUUUUCAGCUGGUGCCAUGGUCUGUCUUGAGCUCUGGUACAAUUCGAUUCUGGUUCUUCUUACAGGAAACUUAGAAAAUGCUAAGGUUCAAAUCGAUGCUCUUUCUAUAUGCCUCAACAUCAGUGGCUGGGAAAUGAUGAUAUCUCUCGGUUUCAUGGCAGCAGCAUGUGUGCGGGUAGCAAACGAGCUGGGAAAGGGAAGUGCAAAGGCGGCCAAGUUCUCCAUCAACGUGGUCGUGCUGACAUCCUUCUCCAUCGGAGUUGUGCUGUUCCUGUUUUUCCUGUUCCUGCGUGGGAACCUGGCUUACCUGUUCACCACUAGUUACGACGUGGUCGAGGCCGUUGAUCAAAUGUCGCCUCUAUUAGCAUUUUCUAUACUUCUAAACAGUGUUCAACCAGUUCUUUCUGGUGUUGCUGUUGGGGCGGGUUGGCAGAGUACGGUGGCAUAUGUUAACCUGGGAUGCUAUUACUUGAUAGGAAUCCCGGUGGGUGUGGUUCUUGGUUAUGUCUUUAAAUUCCAAGUUAAGGGUGUGUGGGUAGGAAUGCUGUUUGGUACGUUUGUACAGACCAUUGUAUUGCUUGUAAUCACCUUCAAAACCGACUGGGAUAAACAGGUUGCAGAUGCUCAGAAACGUGUCCGAAAUUGGGUGGUAGAACCCGAACCUGAAGACGCAAAUCGCUAGGAUGCUUAGCGUAUCGAAUUUCCACUCUCGAACACAAUAACUAAUUCCUUAGCUGAAUUGAAGGCACCUCUAAUGGGUAUCCCUCUUUGCUUAUUUACUACUGUUAUGACGCAAAUCGCCAGGAUGCUUAGCGUAUCGAAUUUCCACUGUCGAACACAAUAACUAAUUCCUUAGCUGAAUUGAAGGCACCUCUAAUGGGUAUCCUCUUUGCUUAUUUACUAACGUGAAAUAACAGCUUUUGUAAUUUAUCAUCAAACUACAUGAAUAGGAUGGUGGUAUUACAAAGAAAUAUGCUUCAUUUUAUGAAGUAUUUUGAAUAGUGAAGUGUCUGCUGAAUCCAAGUUUUGUUCGGUAUGAGAUAUUAAUGCCCAGAGUUAGGUAGACUUCAUUAUUAGCAUUUUGACAUUUAGUCUGCAACUUUAAUUUUAGGUUCAAUAAAGAUGUUGUAUAACAUUUGACGAUCCGACCAUAAAUCUCUUUGUUAAUUAUGAUUAUAUGAAUAUACUUGUCUCGAAAA